GAUGAAUGAUAAGCGAAAUUAUCACAAACAAUCUUGACUCGUGAAUAUCUAGACGCGGCACGAGCGGCUCAAAGUGUCCGCGUAGUAACACACCGGCACCACCCUUUACGAUAACGCGCGAGCUUAUCUUAUUUAUCUUGAUUUGCUCUGCGAUAAAAGCCGCCGGUUCUCGUAGGCUCCGUCUUCUUUUCGCGACCUCCCUCUUGUCCGGUUGCUUUUGGUAAGUGAACGUGGUCCUAGAGCUUCUCGAAACACCAAUUCCCGUAUUCUUGCGACAGCGGUUCGCGAUUCCCGUGGCACGCUCGAAAUUCUGCUGUGCUCUAUUGGGGAUCGUGCCCGUUUAUUUAUAUUCCAUUCGUUACGUAUAACCGUACUCCGUAAUUCGCUAAACCACUGUUACAUUGAUGUCUGACAGCCGCGAGAGUAGCAUAGACGUUCGGUAAUUAUGUCGAGGUCGCGUGUCUCGAACGCGUUCAGGUUAAUCGUUAAUCGCGGAAGAUCGUAUCUCACGCUGCCGUGUGCCACGAGGUUCACGCGCCGGACGGAAGCUGUCCGGGACUUGACCGGUAAAUUGUACCCGUGCGUACAACAGCGGUAUUCAACAAUGAGUGUGGACACUACUUUGUACACGUUACCAAACAGUCAACCUGUUGUCGCACUGGAAUGCGACACUGCAUUCAAGUCUUUGACGCAAAAGGAAAAAUUGUAUGCACAUUACUUGAGCCAGGCAGCAUGGAACGGGGGAUUAAUAGUAUUGAUACAGACCUCACCGGAAUCUCCAUUGAUAUUCGUGCUGUUGCACAAAAUUUAUCUCGCAGAGUCCAUCGACGAAUUGAAAAAUGCCGCAUUAAGUGCCAGUGUUACCGAGGAUGAGUUUACGGCUUUUUUAGUUUACACCUGUGGGGUAUUGUCAAAUGCAGGCAACUAUAAAUCCAUGGGCGAUACUAAGAUUAUUCCCAAUUUUUCGAAAAAAUCGUUUGAGACAAUAAUAAAAGCCUCGAAGGCAUACAAGACUAAUCCUAAAGAGAUACAAGAUAUAUGGGAUAACAUAUCAAAUGCCAUGUACUCUUUAGAUGGUAAAUUGAAAGUGCUGGGAAUGGGGGACAAAGGUAUCACAACUUAUUUCUCUGCCAACUGCACUAAAGAGGACGCAGACAAAGUCAACGCGUUCAUGCAGCACAAAGGAUUAGAAUCCUAUAACGCGAGAUGCUUCAAGACGACCAACGGCAACGUUGACAUGUACGAGAUCAAACUCGCAUCCAUGGAGACGUCGGAAGAUUCUGCGGUGACGCUGUCUGAAGAAACAUAUGAAAAUGCAAACUUUAAAAUUACAAGAGGGGAUUACUCCAAGCUGAUGGUGCCUGUCGUAGAGAACCUUAAGAAAGCAAGAGAAUAUGCUUCAAAUCAGAUCGAAAAAGAUAUGCUGGAUAAAUACAUCGAUCAUUUUAGAACAGGAUCCUUAGACGAUCACAAGAACGGUUCUCGUCUCUGGAUAAGGGACAAAGGCCCAACCAUCGAGACUUACAUCGGCUUCAUCGAGACGUACCGAGAUCCGGCGGGUCAGCGCGGAGAAUUCGAGGGUUUCGUCGCGAUGGUGAACAAACAAAUGUCUGAAAAAUUCGCCACCCUGGUAACCAGAGCCGAAGAAUUCAUUCCCAAGCUGCCAUGGAACAAAGACUUCGAGAAGGACACGUUCCUGAGGCCGGACUUUACUUCCCUAGAUGUUUUAACGUUUGCGGGUUCCGGUAUCCCGUCGGGAAUUAAUAUUCCGAAUUACGAUGAGAUUAGGCAGUCGGAAGGUUUCAAAAAUGUAUCGUUAGGUAACGUUAUAUUCGCCCAUAUGAAGGAUACGCAGGCGAUUCCAUUUUUGUCCGAGGCCGAUCAGGAAUUAAUGCGCAAGUACAGGAUAAUCAGCUUCGAGGUACAAGUCGGUCUGCACGAGCUUCUCGGUCACGGUACCGGAAAAUUAUUCAAGCAAACAGGACCAGACACCUACAAUUUUGAUCGUGAUAAUGUGAAGAACCCUCUUACCAAUGGUAAAAUAGAUAAAUUCUUUUUGAAAGGGGAGACUUACGACUCUAAAUUUGGUCCUCUGGGAUCCUCGUACGAGGAGUGCAGGGCGGAGGCAGUCGGACUCUACUUGAGCUUGGAUAAGGAAGUGCUGAAAAUAUUCGGUUACGAGGGACAAGAAGCGGAGAAUAUAAUCUAUGUGAACUGGUUAUCUCUGUUAUGGGGUGCUUUUGCGAAGACUUUUGAGAUGUAUCAGCCAGCCACACAAACCUGGUCCCAGGCUCACAGUCAGGCGCGUUACGUCUUGCUCAGAGUGUGCCUGGUGGCGGGCCAAGACUUUGUCAAUGUCGUCGAAACCGAAGGAGGGAAGAAUCUCCUUAUGACUGUCGAUCGAAGCAAGAUCUACACGGUCGGUAAAAAGGCCAUUGGAGAUUUCCUCUUGAAGCUGCAAGUUUACAAAAGUAUGGGAGACGUCGAGUCUGCUACAGAAAUGUAUGGCAGGUACAGCGAGGUGCCCGAAAGCGGACCACAUCCGUGGGGUCGCUGGAGAGACCUGAUCCUGUCUCGCAAGGAGCCAAGGAAGAUCUUCGUUCAGUCAAAUACAUUCGUCGAUGGUUCUAAUAACGUAAUACUAAAGAAUUACGAGUCGACAUUUACAGGGCUUAUUCAGUCGUGGAUAGAUAGAUUCCCAAGCUCAGAUGUAUCUCAAACACUCAUAGAACUCUGGAACAAAGAUAAACAUUAUUUUAAACAUUAUUAAUUAAUCUAAGUGUUUGCCUGUUCGACCGCUAAAUCCGUGUAACUUUCUCGUGUCUGACUAUUUACGUGUAUUCAGAGCGACGGAUGUUACAUGUUUGAAAAUAUUACUUUUUUACGACUUAUUUCUUACACAACGUAGCAAUAAUGUCUAGUUUCAGGGUUGAAUGUGUACAUAUGGUGUUUGACUUUAACAUGUAAGGUGGUAUGGCUUGCAAUUGUCAAUCAUAUCAUGGUAUUCCGACCUAGCACGACAUUUAUCGCUGAAUUAUCCGUUCUGUCUAGAACUCACAUGUGGACAGCAAAUUCAGUGCUCGAUGUUAGAGAUAGAAGUGCGAAAUGCAUUUGAAGUUGAGAAUGUUCCGAUAUCGUGAGAAUACAAAGAUAACUGUAUGUUAUAUAAAAGUAUACAAGUACUUUAUAAAUACAAGUUGAAGCAUUUGUAAGUCUAAUUGUAUUUUUAUUAUUUUGAAUAAUAUACAAGUAAUCUGUGACCAACGCA